CUCCUAUUCUAUUCCCUCUCUCCCUUCCCGUCGAUCCCCCAGUGCCCGUACCUAGAUUUCUAAUCCCCUUCCUCUCUCCAUUCCAAUUCCCGUAUUCACUCUCCCUCCCUCCCCGGUCUCCCCCACCUUUAGUAAUUCCUCUUAUUUAUCGCGCUCCAAAUAAUUGCAACUGGAAUAACCGGGACAGUAUAAGAGAGCGCACAUCGGCGACGGUGGGAUGUCUCCUGCUUCUGGGUACAAACAGCCUGCCCGAGAACUUCGUUGCACGUGCGAGGCCAUGUGAACAUCUGCAUCACUGAUUCACUUCCCAGCAGGGAAUGGCAGCUCCUGCUCUCCAAUCAUUCCUUCAUUGCUCUCGUUUUGCCGACGCCUUUGCUCCUUAAAUCCCACUGGUGAAAUUAGUCGUUAUUCCUGAGGUAUUCCUCAACGUGAAGAGAAGCAAAAGAGAGCUCCUUCAAAGGGAUGGAAGAUCGCCCCUCCUAUAAAUCCUCGUCACUGCUCCCCCAGCUUCCCCGGGACUCCCGGGGCUCGCUCGAGGUCUUUAACCCCUCCAACUUCUCCGACCGCCCCCACUCCGACGCCCAGUACCAGUCCACACUCUCGCCCCCCUUCUCCUCUUCGCAGCCCCCCUCCGCCUCUGGACCCCCCGAAGAUGACCUCACCCUACCAUGGCUUGCCCUCCCCAAACCCUCCCCGCCGCUUGCCCGCUCCCUCUCCGAGACUAUGUCCACGUCCAAGAAAGCCUCCACCUCCACUUCCGACGUCGACGCUGCGGCCCAGCGGGCGGCGGAGUGGGGUCUGGUCCUCAAGACCGACGAGGAGACCGGGAGGCCGCAGGGCGUCGGGGUGCGGCGGUCCGGGGACGAGAUGGGGAAGGGCGGCCGGAGGGACUCCGGGAAGUCGCAACAGAGCUCCGAGGACUCCGACGUGGUCGGCGGGAAAGAGAAGGGAUGGAUGCCUAGGGUUUCGGAGGAGCUCCGGGAUGCACUGUCGGCAUUCCAGCAGACAUUCGUGGUCUCGGACGCGACGAAGCCGGACCAUCCGAUCAUGUACGCCAGCGCCGGGUUCUUCAAAAUGACGGGCUACCUCGCCAAGGAGGUCAUCGGCAGGAACUGCCGGUUCCUACAAGGUGCUGGAACUGAUCCAGCUGAGAUUGCAAAGAUAAGAGAAGCACUGGCAACAGGAACAAAUUAUUGUGGUCGCAUAUUGAAUUACAAGAAGGAUGGGACUCCCUUCUGGAAUCUCUUAACAAUUGCACCUAUCAAAGAUGAAGAAGGAAAUGUCCUCAAGUUCAUUGGGAUGCAAGUGGAGGUGAGCAAGUACACUGAAGGUUCUAAGGAUAAGAUGAUCCGUCCCAAUGGAUUGCCAGAGUCUUUGAUUAGAUAUGAUGCUAGGCAAAAAGAAAAUGCUCGUGGUUCACUCUCUGACCUUGUGGUAGCUGUAAAGAAUCCCCAUGCACUUUCAGAAUUGGCAAGCCUCCCUUUCAAAAGGAAAUCUGAAGGUGAUAGAGAACUGUUCAAACAUGAAGUUCCUGGAAGGAGAGACUCAGAAAAUGGCACUCCAGGAAGGCGUAAUUCACAUGGCACAAGCAGUUCAAUGCAGAGGAUUGUUGAGCUGCCUGAAGGAGGGAAUAAACCGAGAAGUUCCGGUCUACGUUCCUUCAUGGGGCUUAUUGGUUUAGGCCAUUCAAAUGUGGAAAAGCAUGAGUUGGAAGUUCCAAUGGAGGAAGACCCUUUACUGGAAAGUGAUGAUGAAAGACCUGAGAGUUUUGAUGAUGACGUCAGGAGAAAAGAAAUGAGAAGGGGUAUUGAUUUAGCUACAACACUUGAACGCAUCGAAAAGAAUUUUGUCAUUACCGAUCCAAGGCUUCCAGACAACCCCAUUAUAUUUGCAUCGGAUAGUUUUCUGGAACUGACUGAAUAUAGUCGUGAAGAGAUACUGGGAAGAAACUGCAGAUUUCUCCAGGGCCCUGAAACAGAUCCAGCGACUGUUAGAAAAAUAAGAGAAGCUAUAGAUAGCCAGACAGAUGUGACUGUGCAGUUGAUCAAUUACACAAAAAGUGGGAAGAAAUUCUGGAAUCUUUUUCAUUUGCAACCAAUGCGUGACCAGAAGGGGGAAGUUCAGUACUUUAUUGGGGUUCAGUUGGAUGGUAGCGACUAUGUUGAACCACUUCAGAACUGUAUACCAGAGGCUACUGCAAAAGAAAAUGCAAAGCUGGUGAAGGAAACUGCAGAUGAUGUUGAUGAAGCUGUGAGAGAACUUCCAGAUGGUAAUUUGAAACCUGAAGAUCUAUGGGCAAAUCACUCAAAGGUUGUCCUGCCAAAGCCUCAUGGAAGAGAGAAUUCAUCAUGGAAGGCCAUCCAGAAAAUUAUUCUGCAGGUUCUAGAGAGUGGGGAAAAGAUAGGUUUGAAGCAUUUUAGGCCGGUUAAACCCUUGGGGUCUGGUGAUACUGGCAGCGUGCACUUGGUGGAGUUAUUGGAAACAGGAGAAUAUUUUGCAAUGAAGAGUAUGGAUAAAAAUGCCAUGCUUAAUCGCAACAAGGUGCAUAGAGCUUGUGCAGAAAGAGACAUUCUUGAUAUGUUGGAUCAUCCUUUCCUUCCUACAUUAUAUGCAUCAUUUCAGACCAAAACACAUAUCUGCCUUAUAAUGGACUACUGCCCUGGUGGAGAGCUCUUUCUACUACUAGACAGGCAACCUCUGAAGGUCCUCAAGGAAGAUGCUGUUAGAUUCUAUGCUGCAGAAGUUAUUGUAGCUCUGGAGUACCUUCACUGUCAAGGUAUAAUUUAUCGAGAUCUAAAGCCAGAAAAUAUCUUGCUUCAGAGGGAUGGACAUGUUUCUCUGACAGAUUUUGAUCUGUCAUGUUUGACAUCUUGCAAGCCACAGCUUUUGUUUCCAAACUCUCAAUACAAGAAAAAGAAGCCCAAAGGAAUAAUCCCUCCAAUUUUCGUAGCCGAACCAAUGCGAGCGUCAAAUUCUUUUGUUGGGACUGAAGAGUAUAUUGCACCGGAGAUUAUCACUGGAGCUGGCCAUACUAGUGCAGUUGACUGGUGGGCGCUUGGCAUCCUUCUUUAUGAGAUGCUUUAUGGAUAUACACCAUUCAGAGGAAAGACAAGGCAAAAGACAUUUGCCAAUAUCCUUCAUAAAGAUCUUAAAUUUCCUGGAAGCAUUUCAGUAAGCCUUCCGGCAAGGCAGUUGAUGUAUCGGUUGUUGCAUAGAGAUCCUAGAAACAGAUUGGGUUCUUGUGAAGGAGCUAAUGAAAUCAAGCAGCAUCCAUUUUUCCGUGGUAUCAAUUGGGCUCUUGUGCGCUGCAUGAGGCCUCCAAAGCUUGAUGCACCACUGUUUGAUUCUGACACAGCAAAGGAAGCUGGACUAGUGGAUUUUCAAACAGAUUUCUUUUAAGAGGAGUUUGUUCUUUUCCUUAUGGAGCGAUUUUAACCUCUGAUUUGGAAGAAGGGCACCUCACUUUCAGAUCUUGUUGGGUUCAAGCUCUGUUGUUUAGAGCUGUUACAGGUAAUUAUGGUGCCGUGUUACCUACUACUGGCUAAAGCUGUUAGAAGUGGAGACGACCAACAAUGGAAUAGUUGUAUGGCCGCCUCGUUGUAGCUCUAGGCAUAAUGUGCACCUUGUGUCCUAGAUGAACUUAAUUGCUAUUGAUGUCGUUGCUCGGUGUAAAAAUUUGCGGGAGCAAUUUCCAGUUUGUAAAUGUUAUCAUCUGAAAUUCUCUAAGUGGGAACGAACUUUGUUGUUUCAUCGCUGAUGAUAGAAGUUCAGAGUUUGAUGGAGCCAAAAGAAUUUGAUGGAA